GAGGGCCCCUUCUUUUUAGGACACAAGUAUUGUUUGGGGGGUUGGGGCUGGGGAAAGGGGUAGACUUUCCAGGUAAGAUGAAAAAAUCACAAUGUUAACAUUUCUCUCUCUGUUCCAUUUGACAAGCAUCAUUCAUUCUUGUUAUUCAUUGAGGGACACUGAAUCGUUGAGAAGAGCAGUGAAAGGGAGAUAUUGAGUUUCCGGCGGGUACGUGUACAUAUAUAUAUAUAUAUAUAUAUAUAUAUAUAUAUAUAUAUAUAUAUAUAUAUAUAUAUAUAUAUAUAUUAUUGAAAUAGAAUCUUGGCCGGAAGUUCAUCAUGGGUGAAAAAAUGGAUUCAUCUCCUGGUUCUGCUUCCUCCAAUGAUACUGAUUCCAGUGACAGCCCUCCUAAUAAUUCAAAUGGAACUCCCCCUUCAUCUUCAUCACCACCUUCAGAUAAUAAUUCAUCACCACCAAAAAAUGAUUCUCCUCCCUCAUCGUCGUCGCCACCACCAUCACAAUCUCCUCCUCCUUCAUCACCACCGCCAUCACAAUCUCCUCCUCCAUCAUCACCUGAUUCAUCACCACCACCACAAUCUCCUCCGCCUUCAUCACCACCACCCUCAGACAGUUCUUCUUCAUCACCGCCAAAAGAUAAUAAUAAUAAUAAUAAUAACCAAUCCCCUCAAUCGCCUCCUCCUUCGUCUAAUAAUUCACCUUCUCAGUCUCCACCACCAUCAUCCAACAAUAAUACUCCAUCACCCCCUAAUGCUCCCAAAAAUAAUAAUAAUGGUUCUCCUCCAUCAGCUAUAUUUUCUCCACCAAAUCCUGCUUCUUCACGAGAAUCACCUCCAGCUCCUCAUGCAUAUUUGUCUCCUCCUUCGCACCCCGGAUCAUCAGAAAAAUCACCUGAUUCCUCCUCAGGAAACAACAACAACUCAUCCCCCCCUGAUUCAUCAGGAAAUAAUGUGGCUAUUAUAGCUGGACUUGCUGUAGGAGGCAUAUUGAUUAUUGCCUUUAUCAUUUUCUGUGUAUGGUGUAGUAGAAGGAAAAAGAAACAGAGAUACUAUAUAGGUCCUGGACCUAAAGGCGGUGAACAGUACUACAACAAUAACAAUCAAUGGAAUAGACGGGCAUCUAUGGAUCAUGUUAUGAAGGUACCACAAGGUGAAAUGGGCACUCAAGGUGGUUGGGCUGCAGCUACUCCACACCAGGCAACUAAUUCAAGCAGUGAAUUCGGGUCAGGUUAUUCAGGCCAAGCAGGGGCAUUGCCUCCUCAGUCACCUAACGUUAAUGUUGGUGGACUUGGUGGGUUCUCCCAGAGCCAAUUCACUUAUGAGGAGCUAGCUAAGGCCACCGAUGGAUUUUCUCAGGCCAAUUUGUUAGGCCAAGGUGGGUUUGGAUACGUGCAUAAAGGUGUUUUGACUGAUGGAAGAAUAGUUGCCAUCAAGAGUUUGAAAGCAGGCAGUGGACAAGGAGAACGAGAAUUUCAGGCUGAGGUUGAGAUCAUUAGCAGAGUUCAUCAUCGACAUCUUGUGUCCCUUGUUGGAUAUUGCAUUGCUAAUGGACAACGCAUGUUGGUCUAUGAAUAUGUUGACAACAAAACCUUGGAGUUCCACCUUCAUGGGAAAGGUCAACCUGUCAUGGACUGGGAGACCAGGCUUAAAAUUGCUUUGGGAUCAGCCAAAGGACUGGCUUACCUCCAUGAAGAUUGCCAACAUAGAAUUAUCCACCGCGACAUCAAGGCUGCAAACAUUCUACUAGACCUUAAUUAUGAAGCCUUGGUGGCAGAUUUUGGAUUGGCUAAGCUUACUUCUGAUAACAAUACUCAUGUAUCAACUCGUGUUAUGGGAACAUUCGGGUACUUAGCCCCUGAAUAUGCAUCGAGUGGCAAGCUAACAGAGAAAUCAGACGUGUUUUCAUAUGGAGUCAUGUUGUUGGAACUCAUUACCGGGAAACGACCUGUUGAUCCUAGCAAUAUGAUGGAGGACAGUUUAGUAGACUGGGCUAGGCCCCUUCUUACAAGAGCACUGGAAGAAGGAAUAUAUGACGAAUUGGUGGACGCGCGUCUUGAAGGGAACUAUGAUACAGAUGAGCUACAUCGCAUGAUAGCUUGUGGUGCUGCUAGCAUCCGCCAUUCUGCUAAAAGACGUCCAAAAAUGAGUCAGAUUGUACGUGCCUUGGAAGGCAAUUUAUCUUUGGAGGACUUGAACGAUAAUGCAAAACCUGGCAAGACACCUAGCUUUGCUGCCUCAAGUACUUCGGCCACUUCAGCCUAUGAUACUGGUAUGUAUAAUGCUGAUAUGAUGAAGUUCAGGAAAAUGAUUCUGCCAACUCAAGAAUUCAACAGCAGUGAACAUGGAACUCCAAGUGAGUGAUGACUCAACCCUUCUUGCUCCUCCUUUCAAGCAGCCAAUCUAAUUGGGGGCGAGAGUAAAAAAAAAAAAAAAAGACUUGC